UUUCCUCUCAACUCUUUCUCGCUUGUUGUUGCUGCUUGUUUUGGUUUCCACGAUCCCAUUCCAUCCCUCAUCCUCGCUCAUCACCAUGUCCAAGACGACGCUCGCAGGCGGCCUCAUCAAGGAGGUGCUCCGUGCUGGCAGUGGGCCGACCCCACCCCGCGGCGCCAACAUCACCGUCCACUGCACCGGCUACCUCGACAGCGGCAAGAAGUUCUGGAGCACCAAGGACCCUGGCCAGCAGACGUUCUCCUUCAAGGUUGGCCUUGGGCAGGUCAUCAAAGGCUGGGACGAGGGCUGCAUGACCAUGCAGAAGGGUGAAGUUGCCCGACUCACCGUCCCCGGUCCCAUGGCGUAUGGCCCCCAGGGUUUCCCUGCAUGGGGCAUUGGCCCAAACGCGACAUUGACGUUCGAGAUUGAGGUGCUGGACUUCUGAACCCGACAACACUCCAGCACAAGUGCACACACACACACGGACACACAUGCACACGCGUGACCCUGCAGUUGCAUGCAGUUUCCUUGUUUUGAUGUGUCGUUGGCACCCCCACAUCCACCCAUUCCGUCCACUGUUCUGUCUCCACAUCACUCGCGCGUGUGUGCGUUCGGUCAAGUGCAGCGUUCACAACGAAAUAUAAGCAACACGUCACUGUGUCAAGCCAG